UUCUAGAGUUUUUCUGUGCAGUAGGCCUUUUUUCUGUGUCUAUGCCACUGGAAUCCAAACAGUGGAACGACAAGGAAGACCAAGAUGGACCAUUUUUUAUUGGAGAGUGUGCUGCGUUUGGUUCCUACAUUGUGAAGAUUGUUUCUGAAGGCUAAAAUGAGGUGCAAUGCAUGCUGGCGUGAACUGGAAGGGCGUGCGAUAACAACCACCUGCGGUCACCUCUUGUGUACUGAAGAUGCAAGCAAGAUCCUCAGCAAUGAUGCAGCAUGCCCCAUUUGUGAUCAAGUGCUCUCUAAAAGUCUUAUGAAGCCUGUGGAAAUCAAUCCAAAUGAUGAAUGGACAAAUAUGGCCAUGGCUGGACUAUCUCCACAGAUCUUGAUGAAGAGUGCAUACCGAAGUGUAAUGUUCUUCAUUGGGCAGAAGGAACUGGAGAUGCAAUACAAGAUGAACAAAAUAGUAGCACAGUGUCGGCAGAAAUGCGAGACCAUGCAAGAAAAGUUCACUGAAAAACUGGAGCAGGUACAUACAGCAUACCAAAAAAUGGCCAAAAGUUGCCAAAUGAUGGAGCAGCAGAUUGAGAGUUUAUCCAAGGAUAAGCAAGAACUCCAAGAAAAGUUUUCCGAGAAAUCCAGACAGAAGAGAAAACUUGAUGAGAUGUAUGACCAGUUAAGAAGUGAGUAUGAGUCAUUAAAACGAUCAGCAAUCCAACCUGCCAGCAAUUUCUAUCCUAGAGCCGAACCUGACCUAUUCGCAAGUCCAGCUAAUAUGAUGGAUAACAGAGAUCCCCUCAGACAAGUUGAUUUAUUUGUUGCAGAUCGACCGGUUUUCACUCCUGAAACUCCAGGGCCCAGAGAGGAUGUGUGGCCUCAGGCAAGACAGAAGAACUCCAACUCUGGUAAUUUUGAUGUUUGUGGUAGCCCUCCAGCAAAACAACCAUCGACUUACCGUGAAGCUGGCAAUAGAAGGCCUGGUGGUCGCCCUCUUUUUGGGGCUGGGGUUGGGGCUGGGUCAGGGGCAGGGGCAGGGACUGGAGGUAGUAACCCUUCCAUGACUUUACGAAAUCUCAUUCUCUCACCAAUGAAGCGACCUCAGCUCUCUCGUAGCAGUCGUCCUCAAAUGUUCACGUUCUAGGCUGGAACUUGGAGAAUCAUUGAUCGUUGCUGGAUUUAUCUUCCAUUCUUUGUUACCAUGAACAAGAGUUCAACUUACAAACAGUCAUGAAUUCUGCCUCACCAAUUUUGCUUCUCGUGAAAGGCUGCUUAAGGAAGAGCUUCAGAAGGCUAUUGCUAGAGUUUCUUCAGGGCAGUGUUUAGGUAUUGUGUAAGUAAAUUUACAGUUUCAAAGUAGUCAUUUGUGGAGGAACAUUAUGGCCUUAUGGGGAACUGGGAACAACAUCAACAUGAGAUAAUUUGGAACAGAUGGUUCCAGGUUUUACAAA